AUGGCGAGGAAGCGCAAGCGCAAGGGCGCUAGCAAGAAAGCCAGCGUGCGCGAACGAGAGAUAACCGCUUCUGCAUUCCCAGCUGCGCCGGUGACGCAAGCGGACGCCGGGACACGGGAGGAAGAGAAGUGCGACCAGGAAGCUGCCAGUCACGAGAAGACCCACCACGCCGAAGCUCUUGCGGGAGAGACGUCGACGCCUAGGGAAGGCGUGCCAGACGGGAUCACCGCCAAGCACGCGGGUCUCCGAGAACUUGCAGAGCACGACGAACGUGCUGGACAGCUGACCACCACGGCGGACAAGAAGAGCACCGCAGGCGCUGACGACUCGGCAUCACCCGCUCCGGUCGCUGAGCCGGGAUGCGUCGCAUCCAGAGACCCUGAAAGAGCGGGACCCUCAAGCGAAGGCAGCCACUGUCCCAUCGGUGACGCGGACAGCGGUGCUUCCGUACCGACUACUAAUCAUAGGAGCGAAACCACGACGCAGAUCAUCAUCAUCGGCGUCGCUCUGCUGCUUUUCGUCGUAGUACUCUCGAGAAACUUCCUACCCGUGGAAGACAACGCGUAUCGCGCAGAGAAUAUUGUGUCGCCGAACCACAGCGUGUGUCGAACAAGCGCCUGCACGGAGUAUUCGAGGCGCCUGCAGCAUUCCCUCUCCACCAAGGCCAAUCCAUGCUACAACUUCUACCGCUACGUCUGCGACUCGUGGAGCGACUCGUCCGGUAGCAUCCUGUCCAUGACGAGCGAGCGUCUCAAGACGCACGUGCUACGCAGCUGGAUCGACGGCGACACGAUCGCUCUCAGGCGGGUCGGCGAAAUGACGCUGCUCGCAGCGUCACUGUUCCGUUCCUGCGUCUCCGGGAACAGUCUUCGAAGCGUCUCUUCUGACGGCAUGGCCGAGCUUCGAGCACUUAUGGAUCAGCGGGGCCUUAAGUGGCCGAGUGCUUCAGCGUCCACCCCGCCAACGCGGGACCUUCUGGGAAUGCUUGUUGACUGGACUCUCAACUGGAACGUAGACGUCUGGUUCUCGCUGCGAGUGAUUCUCGCCGACACGCCUCGCCACAGGUUCACGUUUCACGUGCGCCACAGCGCAGCGCUCCGGCGGUGGUCCAAGGAACGAGCUGCCCUGGAAGCUGCGGAAAAGCACGUAGCCUUCGUGACCGCCUACGCCAGGGAGUUUGGGACCAGCAACGCCGAGGGAUUCGACCGCGCAGUUCAGGACGUCUUAGAGACAGAGCCGGAGAUCGAGAAAUUUCUGACCGACUACACGCCCGAACGUGAGCUCGCCGGUGACGGCUCCAAUCAGAAGAAAACAGAAACGGACGCCGAGCGUUGGAGAAGCGCGGUUCACCGUAGCCUGGGGCCUUCCGCUCACAACGUCUCCACAGGGGACAUCGCAUUAAUCUCCAGCCAAGGUCUUAUCGCCGCGGUGGCCAUUUUGCUGUCCAGAGACGCCAAGAGGGAGAAAUACUAUUCGUCUAUAGGCUGGGCGGUGGCCAGAGAGCUGGGUCGCCUCGUCAGCGGCAGUUUGAGGGAACUACACGGCAUGACGAGCACUGACCUGCUGCUGUGGUGUUGGGACAGGAUGGACAAGUUGACCAGCAGCGCUCUUGUGGCGCCGUUCUACAGGAGCACGCCACUGGGCAGCGCAGCGGCGUUAUCGCGAGAGCUUUUCGACACGUUUCGAAGCAGCGUCUCUCUGGCCCUUAGCGAAAAUUCGUGGAUGGACUAUCGGACGAAGCAGAUCGCGUCCUCAAGGAUAGCGACCUUGUCGCUCGCCUUCGGGUUUGCCAAGGGAACCGUGCCUCACGUUCCGCGCGUUGACCAGCCGUCAAAAAGCAACGGAAACGAAACACUAUUUCGUGCUUGGAAAAGAGCAACCACUACCUACCAAUCUUUGUCCUUGGAGGCAAAGGCGAGCUUGCAUUCCUACGAACUGCUCAUGAGCAACGCCUUCUUCCACGGCGGCACGGCCACGGUUCGGCUGCAGCCAGCGCUGCUGCAGAUGCCCCUGUACGCAGACACAUUGCCUGUCAGCUUGCGGUACGCGGGCCUUGGAUACGUCCUCGUGCAUCAGAUGAUGCACGCCCUAAGCGACAUCUUCCCCUUACUGGAAGAAGACCUGCGAGACCCAAAUUUGCAGAGUCAUCCGUCAAUUCAGGAGCGCAACCGACGCGUCCAGUGCCUGCGAAGCUUCCAUCGUGAAGCGUCGGCGUCCGUGGACGACACCUUCAGCAGCCACAACUACUCGGACUGGUUCUGCGACUUCGCCGCUGCGCCGCACCUUUACGCCGCGGCGUUCGGGCCGCCAGGCUCGGGCCGUCCGAGCCGCGCCCAGCAGGAAGAAAGGCUCGCGGGCAUCGAAGAGCUCAGCGCCGAGCAGCUCUUCUUCGUGGGUCUCUGUUCGACGCUGUGCGCGAACCCGAAACCCGACAGCGGCCCUUCGCCAGCCGAGGCGAGGUGCAACGUGCCGCUCAUGCACAUGGCCCAGUUCGGGAGCGCCUUUCAAUGUGCCCCGGGGCUACCCAUGACCCCGACCACGCGCUGCUCCUUCUGGUGA